AUGAUUUCAGUAACUUUAACAAACAACAGUGUGCGCGAUAAGUUGUCUGACCUAGGUCUGUCUGUUUUUAUAGGAAACUUGAAAAGAGCGAAAAAAUUGUUAAAAAAAAAUGACAUAAAUAGCAAAUUUAUGAACGACAACAGCCUGCUUCACAUAUGCUCCCACAAUGAAGACGCCAACAUGUUUUAUUUUCUCUUAAGCAAAGGAUGUGACCAUAAACAUAUUAAUGCAAACGGAGAUACUUGCUUGCAUAUUAUUGCAUUGAACAAUAACAUUUACUGCCUGGAUAUUCUUUGUCGAAGUUAUAUUAAAGAUAUCAUUAAUAUAAGAAAUAAGGAGGGAGACACAGCUUUACAUAUUUCCAUAAAAAACGGAUUUUUCGAAUUCUUCUCCUUACUAAUAAAAAACGGAGCGGAUGCCCAAAUAAAAGACAAUUUUGACAUGAGCUCAUACGAAUUAUUAGAUCUUUAUCGGAAGAAAGAAAAAUUUUACGAAUGCAAUUCGAACAAAUAUACCAACAUGUUUAACUUGUUAAUAAAUAUGCAAUAUAAGCAUUAA